AUGAAGCAAUCAAAUGUUGUUCUUUUGCUGUUUGCGCUACUUUCUGUCGCUCUGGCGCAAUUCCCCCGAGUUCCCAGUGGCCUUAAUGUUGUUACUUCAAAGGUCAAUUCUCAAGUGAAGAUCUCUUAUAAAGAGACCGACGUCUGCGAGACCACAAGCGGAGUCAAAUCCUAUAGUGGUUACGUCCAUCUUCCUGCAUCCCUCCUGCCAGAUGUCGGCGGCUUCGACAUAAACACCUAUUUCAUCUAUUUCGAAGCACGACAUAAUGCCUCCGCCGCUCCGCUUGCCGUCUAUCUUGCUGGAGGGCCUGGUGAAAGCUCAAUGUAUACAGCUUUGGCAAGCGAAAGUGGUCCGUGUUAUGUCAAUGUCGUGGGCAACGACACAACGAUCAACCCUUGGUCAUUCAACAACUACGUCAACAUGCUUUACUUGGAUCAACCUGUUCAGACCGGUUUCUCAUACGACGAGCUUGUCAAUGGGACUUUCAACCUUGAAACGCAGAUAAUCACUCCCGAGAAUUUCAAUCCUUCAGCUUUGCCAGAGACAAAUACAACCUUCCAAGUCGGCACUUUUUCCAGUCAAGAUCCUUUGCAUAGCACCAAUACAACCGUGUCGAGCGCGAGGGCUCUGUGGCAUGCCGCCGAGCACUGGCUUUCUUCCUUUCCAGAAUAUUCGACCUCGUCCAACAAGCUCAGCAUCUGGGCCAACUCAUACGGAGGAUUCUGGGGGCCGGAGACGGCAGCUGUCUUCAGCAAAAGUCUCAAGGAUCUUCCUGCCAAACAUCCUUUGAAGCCAAAGAAGUUGACACUCGACACUCUGGGACUGACCAAUGCUUGCAUCGAUUUCGAAUAUUCCAUAGAAGGCUAUCCUCAAUUUGCCUACAACAAUACCUACGACAUCCAUUUCAUUCCCGAAGCUGUCUACAAGGAGGCAAUGUAUAACAUAACAAAACCCGAGGGCUGCAUGGACCUCGUCAAAACCUGUCGCUCACUCGGCCAAAUUGGCGAUCCUGGAUUCAACGGAAACAACCAAACCGUCAACGAAGCCUGCAUAGGGGCUUCAGAAGUCUGCUUCGGUAUUAUGAGCGCAUUUGACCUACUGAACAAUCGAAGCGACUUCGAUGUGGCAAUCCUCAACCCGGAUCCAUGUCCCUACGACCUCGCCGUGACGAACUACUUGAACCUGCCGGAAGUGCAGUCUUCCCUGGGCGUGCCGUUGAACUUCACGUACGACUCAGAGCUGAUCACGGGCCUCUAUGGCCUGCCCACGCCGUACCAGUUCCUUGGCACGGGCGACUCGUUCCGACAGGCUGGGAUGCCGAACAUCGAAUACCUCCUGGGCACCGGUGUCAAGCUCGCCUUCGUUUUUGGCGACAGGGACUACCGCUGCCCCUGGACGGGUGGCGAAGCCACAGCCAAAGCGGCCAAGUGGGCGGGCCAGAAGGGCUUCGCGGCCGCGGGCUACGAGCCGAUUAAAGGCAUCUCGCGCGGCACCAGGCAGGGCCUCGUCAAACAGUACGGCCCGCUCUCGUUCUCGCGCAUCCUGGACGCUGGCCACUCGGUCAGCGCGUACGCGCCUGAGGCCGUCUACCGCGUGUUCGAGCGCGUCAUGUUCGGCAAGGACGUUGUGACUGGAUCGCACUCCGUCGGUCCUGCAUACCACUCUACGGGGCCUCCGGAGAGCUGGGCCUGGCGGAAUAAAAUGCCCACGAACCUCCCGCGCACUUGCAUGGUCGAGGGAAAUUUUACGCCCAGCAGUCCGUGGGGAGCCAUUUUGCCGUCGUGA